AUGGAACUAUCUACCAGUACUACAGACUUAGAAGAGUCUCCACCAGAAAACUCACAACUUGUCAGUGAUAUUGGCAAUAGUGGUCACACUCCCAAUGUGGCCGAUGCCUCUGUACAACCAGCAACAUAUGCCAGUGGCCGCCCAAUGCGUUUCACACCCAAAUGGGCUACCAGUCUACUCAUGUGUUGUACUUCUCAAGUCUCCCCGGCAGAGAUCGAGGAUGGCUCAGCAGUUGUUAGGUGUACUGCAGCUGGAUGUGAGACUGUCUGGUUGUUGUUGUUGUUGUACUCUAUUUUGUUACCCCAUGGCCGCGUUUGGGCUCAUCAAUACAAGGUAGGGGAAUAUCCUUAG